GGAGGCCGCAGUACCCGGAUGAGAGCGACGGUUAGGGUACGCAGGCGGGACGGCCUCCAGCUAGUGGUCCGGGACGGUUCUUGGACGCCCACCGGGGCCUCAGAGCCCGCCUGCUGGCUCCCCUUCCCCAAUCCGCGCUUCUUUUCUUCCUCCUUCCCUCCUCCCUAGCUCCAGGCGUCCUCAGGGCUGUUUUUCCCCUUUUGGAACCGGAAGGGCUGCGGAGGACUAGGAAGAGAAAUGAAAGGGCUGCCUACCUAAAUCACUUGGCCGCACAAUGAAGUGACCCUACUGCGAUACAAAUUCUGAACGGAAGCACAACGCUGCAAAUUUCACAGCAAGAGCCUUAAUGAGCCAGGUGGCCAGUGCAGUCCGCGCUGCAAAUCUAGGCCCCAGGUUUCUUCAGACAGCCUCCACACCCCCACCUCUCAAGGAGCAGCAGAUUCUGAGGCCAGAAGCAUCUGCAAAAUGCCAGAGAGGAGCUCACAUGAGGCUGAGGCCUAAGGGGAUCAGUUUAACUAAAAGUCUCCCUAGUGAGUUGAGGCAGAGAUGGGUAGAGCUAGGUCUAGACCAACAAAACUGCUAAACCUGGUCUAACUGAAGAGUGUUUAUACCUCAGAUGUCCUCAGCCGGGACUCUGCCUGACUUUGGAGAACUGGAUGAUCAGUAGGAACAUUAAUUCAGCUUUGUAAUAAGAAUAGACAUGGGCUCAAGUCCUGUCUCUUACCAGUACAAUCUUGGACAACUCGUUAGAGCUUUCAGUCCAUAUUCCAGAAGUAAAGUCAAGUCACAGGGCUGACUUGAUCCUGGUGUGGUCAGCCAGCAAGGUGGAGAUCUUUGUACAUUUUCACCACUAGUGAUACCCAUGUAAGAUAUGAAGUUACUCUGUGGGUAACUUUGCUCCUUGACGAGGAGGUGGGUACUGCUCCCAGGCAGAGAGGCAACCCUGUGCCCAACAUGAAUUGAUCUGUCUUCAGGCCGAGUGUGGGUGUGAACCUUGGUCAGGCCCACGCUGCUCUCCAUCCCUAGCCCACGUACUAGAGUUUGGACUUGGAUCAAAGUCUGAGGCAGCUCCCUAAUUCCUAAGGCGCUGGAGGCGUGAUUGCGCCAGUUGGCUGCCAGUGCGUUCCGCAGCUCAAGUCCUCGCUACCCCUGCAGGUGCUGCUGCUGCCUCUACUUCAGACCAGGUAGCACUCAGGAGCGGCCACUCUGCAGCAGCUCAGAGCAGAAGUGUGAGCUCAACUUGUUUCAGAACUUCCCUACCAUGACCUCCAAGAAGCUGGUGAACUCAGUGGAAGAGUGUGCUAAUGAGGCCCUUGCUGGGGUAGUGGCCUGCAACCCUAACCUGCAGCUCCUCCAAGGGCACCGUGUGGCCCUGCGAUCUGACCUGGACAGCCUCAAAGGCCGGGUGGCACUUCUUUCAGGUGGAGGCUCAGGCCAUGAGCCUGCCCAUGCCGGUUAUAUCGGGAAGGGGAUGCUGACAGGGGUCAUUGCAGGCUCCGUGUUCGCUUCUCCAGCUGUGGGCAGCAUCCUGGCAGCCAUUAGAGCUGUGGCCCAGGCAGGCACAGCGGGCACCCUCCUCAUCGUGAAGAACUACACUGGAGAUCGACUCAACUUUGGAGUUGCUAUGGAGCAGGCCAAGGCCGAGGGCAUCUCUGUGGAGAUGGUGGUAAUUGGAGAUGACAGUGCCUUCACUGUCCUGAAGAAGGCAGGCCGGCGUGGCCUGUGUGGCACAGUGCUUAUCCACAAGGUGGCAGGUGCUCUGGCUGAGGAAGGUGUGGGGCUGGAGGAGAUCGCAAAGCGGGUGAACAUGGUCGCCAAGUCCAUGGGUACUCUGGGGGUGAGCUUGUCCUCCUGUAGUGUCCCUGGCUCCAGACCCACCUUUGAGCUCGCAGCUGAUGAAAUAGAAGUCGGCCUGGGAAUCCAUGGGGAAGCUGGUGUUCAGCGGGUAAAGAUAGCACCUGCUGAUAAGAUUGUCACUCUCAUGCUUGACCACAUGACAAACACCUCCAAUGUAUCCCAUGUGCCUGUACAGUCAGGCUCUUCAGUGGUGCUGAUAGUCAACAAUCUGGGUGGCCUGUCUUGCCUGGAACUGGACAUCAUAGCUGAUGCUGCUGUACGCUUGCUGGAGGGCCGUGGGGUGAAGAUUGCCCGUGCCAUGGUGGGUACCUUCAUGUCAGCACUAGAGAUGCCUGGUGUUUCCCUUACCCUGCUGCUUGUGGAUGAACCCCUGCUGAAGCUGAUAGAUGCUGAAACUACUGCAGCAGCCUGGCCUCACAUGGCCAAGAUCCCUGUGACUGGGCGGAAGCGGAUCCGAGCAGCUCCCACAGAGCCUCCAGAGGUCCCUCAGACCACUGCAGCAGAAGGUGCAUCGUCCAAGCAGAUGAAGCUCGUGCUGGAGCGGGUAUGCACCACCCUGCUCGGACUGGAGGAGCACCUGAAUGCCUUGGACAGGGCUGCUGGUGAUGGGGAUUGUGGCAUCACUCAUAGCCGUGCUGCCAAAGCCAUCCAGGGCUGGCUAAAGGAGGACCCAGCUUUAGCCAACCCUGCCCAGGUACUCUCCAAAGUGUCUGUUCUGCUGCUGGAGAAGAUGGGAGGCUCAUCUGGGGUGCUCUAUGGCCUGUUCCUGACUGCAGCUGCCCAGCCUCUUAAAGCCAAGACUGACCUUUCAGCCUGGUCUGCUGCCAUGGAUGCUGGCCUGGAGGCCAUGCAGAGGUAUGGAAAGGCUGCACCAGGAGACAGGACAAUGCUGGAUUCUCUGUGGGCAGCAGGACAGGAGUUCCAAGCCUGGAAGAGCCCAGGAACAAGUCUCCUCCCAGUCCUGACUAAAGCAGUCAAGAGUGCUGAAGCUGCAGCCGAGGCCACCAAGAACAUGGAAGCUGGCGCUGGGAGAGCUAGUUACAUCAGCUCUGCACGGCUAGAUCAGCCGGACCCUGGAGCGGUGGCAGUGGCCGCCAUCCUCCGUGCCAUCCUGGAGGCCUUACAGACACAGAAAGCAUGACUGCUCUUCUCCUCAGUGCUGCCCCGUUCCUUACUUCUCUUGCUCACCCUAGCAUCCCUCCUCUGCAUGGAGCAGGACAUCCUCCACUGCACCUCCAGUACUGUUCCGUGAACAUAAACAAGUGUCUGGCUGGGUGAUCCUGUGCUCUGCCAGCAAGCAUGGCCCUUUCCCUCCUCAGGGAAGAGAAGUCCCUCAGGUCGUGUUCACCCCACCCCAGGCAGCUCUGAAUGUCAGUGAUAAGGCUUAUCCUGAGUACAACAUAGCCUCUAACUGGGUGUACCCAUUUGGUUUCAGGACUCCAGGCCUCUUCCUCUGGAAGGCCUCUUCCUCUGGAAGGCCUCUUCCUCUGGAAGGCCUCCCAUACCCAGUGUAUGAAAGAAAGCUAAUAAAACCCAUGGAAGCCACAGCUGCUGCCUC